GGGAAACCCAUCACGUUUGGCUUGUCAUGGAGAAGAACAAUGACGUCAUCCGUCAGGCAGGAAAGUUCUUGCAUGCUCCCUCCAUGCAGUUGUCCCAGUAUCUCUUCUCUCGCAAGGGAGGCCACAACUUCCUGGAAAGGGUGAAGCCUUCCAAAGACCCCGCGAAGCGGAACCGACAGAGCACAGAGAGGGUGCGUUCAUCUUCCUUUGGGGUGGACACGGAGAACGAGGCUGCAGGAGGAGGCUCGGGGAACUCGCCAAGGCAAUCGAAGUCGGGCUCUCGAGCUGCCUCCCGCAAUGGAAGUUUGGAGCUGGACAACUCGGAGAUACAAGAGCACCGAACCAGAUGGACACACGGGAUUUCAGGACCUGACACGAGUCAGGAAGUGGCAGUCGCCCGCACUGAGUCGCAAACUCCAGGAAAACUGCAAGUGCCGAACAGUGCAGGAAGCCCUGGGCACAAGCGCGCCUUGCGCGCGGGGUCGCAUGAGUCCAUGGGCUCCCGCGGCUCACGCGACGACCAAGGCAGCGGCAGGAAAGAGCAACAGUCCGUGGACGACUCAUGUGAUGUGGCUGAUGACGGAGGCGCCCCUGCUCCGCGCAGGUUGAUGGCCUCGCUUCAGGAGUUGGGACUGACACCUAGGUCGAAAGCCACCAGCUCGCAAAAGGCGUUGAUUCAGAAGCAGCGCCUAAGGAGUAUGAGCAAAUCCAACCUGAAUAUCAAAGCCAAGUCGCGCUUUCCCUUACUGAGCGGCUGGUGUCUUCGCAUCGUGGAUCACACUGCGUUUAUGGCCGCCGUGGUCUUGGUGAUUUUCAUCCAGUCGGUCUACAUGGGUCUUGAGGACGAAGGAAGUCUGGUGGUGGACGUCCUUUUCGCCGCCUUUUACUUUAUCGAGCUGGCCAUGCGGCUCAUUGCCUACGGCUCUGACUUCCUGAAGAGUGCCUUCAAUCUGAUGGAUCUAGGUCUCAUCGUGUUGAACUUCGUGGAUUUAUUGAUCGUCAUUAUCCAGGGCAGUAGUUCUUUAGACGUGAUGGUCAGCUUGAGACUCACUCGUUUGCUUCGGCUGGGUGGUCUGGUGAGACUCCUUCGGUUCUUCAAACCGCUCUACCUCUUGGUGGCUGGCAUUAUGGUCUCCCUGAAGACCGUUGUUUGGGCCUGGAUCUUGAUGAGUCUCAUCAUCUACGUCUUUGGGUUGGUCUUCUACCGGGCACUGAAGCCUGACCUUUGCACUGCAGGUAGCGCAGAGGAAGAUCUAAUGCUGGGGACGUACUUUGGGACCUUGUCUCUUUCAGUGUUCACUGUUUUUCAGAUCACCACCCUAGAGGAUUGGCCGAACAUCUCGGACGUCAUGGCCAAAUACCAGGAGUGGCUCACUGUGAUGGUGAUCUUGUUGCUCCUUCUGACCGCCUACGGUGUGAUGAAUGUCACCGUGGCGAUCUUUGUGAACAGCGCCAUGGAUGCCUCCUCAGUUCGUUCUAGGGACAUCGCGAAGAAAGCCAAGGAAGAAGGAGAAGCUACUUGCAAGUCGCUUCAACAGGUUUUCAUGGACGCGGAUAACGAUGGCAACGGGACCCUGUCCAAGGAGGAGUUUGAAAAGGCAAUCAGCGAGAAGAACUUGCUGGGCCGUUUGCACAGCGCUGGCAUUGAUGUGGAAAGCGCCGCCCAGCUCUUUGAUAUCCUGGACCUGGAUGGCAGUGGCACUUUAGAUGGCAACGAGUUUGUGGAGGGUGUGCUUCGCUCACGGGGCUAUGCGCAGAAUAAGGACUUGGUGGGUCUCCGUUGCGAUGUCUGGCGAGCCAACUUGAGCGUCCAAGAUGAGAUACGCCUGGUGAGUCUCUACUUCGAGGAGCGACUCCUCGAGACGAAAGAGAAGAUCCAGAAUCUCAAAGAGGUGGCUGGUCCGGUCUUGCAUCGUGCCGCCGAGGAAAUGCGCAAGAAACCGGACCUCAAGAAGGGUCGCAUCAGCCACGGCCAUGCCGUCAUCAUUGGUGCGGAGGUAUCCACCGAUGAUCACGAUGAGAGCCUUAUAUCGAUGGGUGCACGGCCUUCUGAAAGCUCAAGAGGUCUCCACAGUGCUCCGUUGUCUCUCUACGGGCCACCGGGUCUUGGCUAAGC